AUGGUUAUCGGCCUUAUGAUCCUUACCUCGAUCCCUACGAUCACGGGUGUAGGACAAGCGUACUCUGCACAAAAGACACAAGAAGAGCGUCAGAAAGAUGAGGCACGGAUGAAGAAGUUCCAUAUCGAUGUUCUUUGCGAUCUUAAUAGUCCAUAUGUUCGCGACAUCCAUGAAAAUAGGAUUGUAUUAAAGGAUGAUCGAGUCUGGGUUGGACCUAAAGGAGCCGUGAAUCCCUGCUCGCAAGGCUACGUCGCGGAAGCCUUCUAUAUCGAAUAUCCGGAUAACGAAAGAAAUCCUGUCCCUCUUGGCCUUGUUAGUCAAACAAGAGCCGACCCUCCGUUGCUCAAUUGGAUAUACGUUGACAAGAGUACGAUGGAAGUCAAAUAUGGCAAUAAGACAGCAAGCAUAGAGCAUCAUGUUGGCCCGUGGGAUUGGUCAGAUGAUGAGCGGGUGAUUAUAUUUGAUGAUGCCGCCCAAUUUACGGCUGUCCAACAUCCUGGCACAUGGCGUUGGCAGCUCUAUCAAGACAUGAAAGAGGACGGCCUAGCUGGAUACGUACCAAAAGGUCGGCGUAAGGUCCAGAUCAACUUGAUAAGAACAUUGAUGCCCACAGCAACCUGA